GUAAACCUCUGCUGUGGACCCCGUUUAUCCAGCGGCCCUUGCACAAAAGAAAGGGCGGUCAGGUCCGGUUCUCUAACGACCAGACGAUCGAGCUGGAGAAGAAGUUCGAGACGCAGAAGUAUCUGUCACCUCCGGAGAGGAAGCGGCUGGCCAAGAUGCUGCAGCUCAGUGAGAGACAGGUUAAAACCUGGUUCCAAAAUCGACGAGCGAAGUGGCGAAGACUAAAACAGGAAAACCCUCAGGGAAGUAAGAGGGACGUGGAGGAGGACAACUCUGCCGGGAGGAGUCAUAAAGGAGAUGAGCUGACCGAGCCUUCCGGGAUCCAGAGCCCGAAGCACAGACACACAGUCCCGGCCUCCGAGCUGGCUCAGACGGGCCGCUGCGUGAACUCCGUGUCCCCGCAGCAGCCCCACACAGAGCUGGACUCUGACGUGUCAGACGAUACAGACCAGGAGCUGGACAUAGAGGACGACGCCGAGUUCACACUGAACCCCUAGUUCUGAACCACACACGGGCUCCACUGAUACUGGAUUCAGUUGGACAAUAAUUAGGAGCUGGAUGAUGAAGAUCACAGGACCUUCAUUGGGGCUGUUUCACCCAGAAUGACAGACAGGAUUUCAGACUGGUUCCUGAUGUUAUAUUUUGGUAACAUUUUAUCUUCCAGCGCCUUUCACACAGGAUUGUCAUCUCUAUUUUACAUUUGUCUUUUUGUAUAUAAUGCCUAGUACUCUGUUGUAUUUGUGUUGAAUGUUUCUGCUCUACAGCAGGGGCGGAUCUGGAGGGGCGGCAUAUGGUGGCACCUGCCACCUAUUAGCGACCUCAGCUGUCAACCCAGUUUAGUGUCAAAUUAAACUCAUUAAUUUAGUAAUUAAAGUAAGUAAUUAAUUAUAAACAUAGCUGUUAAAAAAACUUUUUGAAAUUAAUUGGAUUAUCAGUUAAGUCCACAUUUUAGAAAAAAUAAGUCUAAAAUUUCUAAAGAUUUGGAAAUGUGUUGAUUUUUAAUGUUACCUUUAGAUAUUUCUGUUCAAUGCUUUACUAAUGUGCCACAAUACUGUUUUUGAGUUUAAAUAUCUUAAUUUGGGGGCUUUUCCAAACAAAUAUUGAUAUAUGUGAUUGUUUGUGAUUAAAUCAGCAUAUAUUUCUGCCACCCUCUUCUCUAGAUCCGCCCAUCCUCUGCAGAUAAGUCUCUCCUGUACUGUGUGUGGAUGUAAAAUGCUCUUAUGGGCUGCUGCCACAUGAUGUUUUGUUUGGU